AGUAAAUCGUGAAAAUUAUGUGUAACCAGAGAUAAAUUGUUGCAUGUUUUUCAGUUACUUAAAAUUAAAAUACCUAUGUAAAUAUUGACAACAUUAAUUCGCCUUAUCCUAUAUGUUUACAUAUCUGUGCUUAGUUUUAAAGCUUGCUUAAAAUUAAUACGUCUCUCAAGAGCAACAAAAUAAAAGAAAUUUACUCUGUGAGUGAACCAUUUAUACACGUAAAGAAUGUGUACACGAAUUAUAGCAUAAAUACCAAUUGAUUUGACUAUUUGACUAUAUUUCGUAAAGUUAUCCGAUUUCCGAAAUUGCAACAUAUUGUUGAGAAAUACAUCAUAAAUAAGCAUAUACAGAUUUCAACAAUUUGAAUGCUAUGGACACCACAACCACUACCGGUCGACGGCGAAACAAUAUGUGUGCUAAUGCCGAGGAUAAUGCUCUCGAUCAAAUAACAAAGGAGGCCGAAGCGCGUCUCGCUGCUCGUCGCCAAGCACGUGUUGAAGCUCGUGAAAUACGUAUGCGAGAGCUUGAGCGGCAGCAAAAGGAACAGGAGCAAAAUGCAGACCGGGCUUUUGAUAUGCAAAGUAUAAGUGGCAAUAGUAUUCACGACACACAUCCUACACGUCUCGUUUACGGUAACCUUGUUAACUUGACGCGUGCAGCAGUUUCGCGCCGCAGCAGUGAGGAUUCAUUAGAAGAGGAGGGCCGCAGCUUGCGGGACAUCAAGAAUGAUCUUAAAGAAGUCGAAGAACGUUUCCGCAAGGCAAUGAUAACAAAUGCUCAAUUGGACAAUGACCGGUCAUCUCAAACUUAUGAAGUCAAAUUACUGAAGGAUAAAAGCGAAACAAUGCAAGAGUCUUUUGCACAGCUGCAGCGAGAGCUCAAAAACAAAUUGCGCGAUUGUAACGCACUCAAACGCAAUUUGGACCGAACAACACUUGAAUUGAGCUUGGUCCAGGGGCAACUAAGCGAACGCGAUGCGCUUAUUGCAGAACAUGGUCUAGUUAUUGUAGCCAUUGAGAAUACUGACGGUAGCGAUGCCAAAAGGGCAUUAGUUAGUGUUGAAAACGCUAAUAUUUUGGCGACCGUUCAGGGAUCGCUUGAUGUAAGACUCAAAAAGUUUUCAGAGGAAAAUCAACGACUUUUGAUGGAAGUGCAAAUGCUACAUGAGAAGUUGGAUACUUUUAAAAAUGAAGGCCGGACCGGUCGCUGUAGUUCGUUGAAUGGGUCCUUGGGAUAUGACGAUGAUUAUGAUGUUCAAAGAGAAGCAAAUAAGAUAGUAUCAGAUUAUAAAUACAAACUGCAAAAGGCUGAACAGGAAAUCGCUAAUCUACAAGCAAACUUAUCACGUUCGGAGUCGCAAGUGAUUCGAUACAAAAGCACGGCAGAAGCAGCGGAGAAAGUGGAGUCAGAAUUAAAAGUGGAACGGCGCAAACUGCAACGUGAGCAUCGCGAGAUUCUGGAGCGCCUUGAAGAAGCAGAAACUGCAAAUAACCACCUACUAAAACGUCUUGAUAAACUUAAAAAUGCAAAGAGCACGAUAUUGAAGGAUUUAUGACCAAUGAUAACAAGAAAUAAAGAAGCAAACAAAGGAACACCGGCAAAAUCGAUACUUCCGCAGCAAACAUAUAUCUGAGGAAAACUACGUGAUGUUUUCGUAAACGAGGAUAAUUGCACAAAUAACACAUUUAUACAACAAUCAUACCCAAACUAAUAGUUAUGGAUAGCAAAAUAUUUUAAAAUACACUCAAAUACUCUCAUUAAAAUUAUAUGCAUAUA